GACGAAGAGAAGGCCGCUCUCCCGCACUGCCGCGUUGCACGCCGGGAGACGGAGCCGCGCUCUCUGCGCCCGAGCAGGAGGAGUCAAGAUGGACGCGGGCUUCUUCCGCGGAACAAGCGCGGAGCAGGACAACCGCUUCAGCAACAAGCAGAAGAAGUUACUAAAGCAGCUGAAGUUUGCAGAAUGCCUAGAAAAGAAAGUGGAUAUGAGCAAAGUAAACUUGGAAGUGAUCAAGCCCUGGAUAACAAAAAGAGUAACAGAAAUCCUUGGAUUUGAAGAUGAUGUAGUAAUUGAAUUUAUAUUCAACCAGUUGGAAGUGAAGAAUCCAGAUUCCAAAAUGAUGCAAAUCAACCUGACUGGGUUUUUGAAUGGGAAGAAUGCUAGGGAGUUCAUGGGAGAACUGUGGCCGCUGCUGUUAAGUGCCCAAGAAAACAUUGCUGGUAUUCCAUCUGCCUUCCUGGAGCUGAAGAAAGAAGAAAUAAAACAGAGACAGAUUGAACAGGAAAAGCUGGCUUCUAUGAAGAAACAAGAUGAAGACAAGGAUAAGAGAGACAAGGAAGAUAAAGAGAACAGGGAAAAGAGGGACCGAUCGCGAAGCCCUAGAAGGCGCAAAUCGAGGUCUCCUUCACCUAGGAGGCGCACCUCCCCAGCCAGGAAAGAGAGAAAACACAGCCAUUCCCGAUCUCCACAUCAUACGACAAAGAGUCGCAGUGCUACCCCUGCACCAGAAAAGCAAGAAGAGACUCCUGAGCCAGAGCCCUCUGUCAAAAUCAAGGAAACACUCAUCCAGGAGGCCACAUCCACGAGUGAUAUCUUGAAGGCCCCUAAAGUUGAGCCCAUGCCAGACACUAAGGAAAUAUCUCCAGAAAGAAUUUCAAAGAAGGAAAGAGAGAAAGAAAAAGAGAAGCCUCGUGCAAGGUCUCCAUCACGAUCUAAGUCAAGGUCAAAAUCUCGCUCACGUUCUCCGUCUCAUUCAAGACCAAGGAGGCGUCAUCGAUCACGAUCCAGGUCUUACACCCCAAGGAGGCGGCCUAGCCCAAGACGACGGCCAUCUCCCCGGAGAAGAACCCCACCACGGCGCAUUCCACCUCCACCAAGACAUAGGAGGAGCAGAUCUCCUGUGCGACGGAGGAGACGAUCAUCAGCCUCUUUGUCAGGAAGUAGUUCUUCUUCAUCCUCCUCACGUUCCCGAUCUCCACCAAAGAAGCCACCUAAGAGGGUUGUAUCCAGCCCUCCUCGUAAAGUACGUAGGCUCUCGCCUUCCACAAGUCCUCCUAGGCGAAGACAUCGACCUUCACCACCACUAAGUCCUCCCCCUAAACCACGCCGGUCCCCAACACCUCAGCCAUCGAGUCGGGCAAGAAAAACCCGAGGCUCAGUUUCUCCCAGCAGAACCUCAGCUCCCAAACAUAAAAGUAUUGAAAAAAGGGAAUCACCUUCUCCCGCACCAAAACCUAGAAAAGUAGAAUUGUCAGAAUCAGAAGAAGACAAAGGUGGUAAAAUGGCAGCUGCCGAUUCUGUGCAGCAAAGACGACAGUAUAGAAGGCAGAACCAGCAGUCUUCAUCUGAUUCUGGUUCAUCAUCUUCCUCUGAAGAGGAACGGCCGAAAAAAUCAAAUGUAAAGAAUGGUGAAGUGGGCAGACGCCGGCGGCACUCACAUUCCCGCAGUCCCUCUCCAUCUCCGCGGAAGUGGCAGAAAGAAUCUUCUCCUCGGAUGCAGAUAGGAAAGAGGUGGCAGUCGCCAGUUACUAAAAGCAGGAGAAGGCGAAGUCCCUCGCCGCCACCAGCCCGAAGACGACGCUCCCCUUCUCCUGCCCCUCCUCCAAGGAGGCGUAGAUCACCUUCACCACCACCCCGCCGAAGGUCCCCAUCGCCGCCACCUCGCCGGCACUCUCCCACACCCAGGCGAUAUUCUCCUCCAAUCCAGAGGAGAUACUCACCAUCCCCACCCCCAAAGAGACGAACAGCAUCUCCCCCUCCCAAAAGAAGGGCAUCGCCUUCUCCGCAGCCCAAGCCCAGAGUCUCCCGCUCUCCACCACCAAAGUCAAGGAGCUCCCCACCUGCGAAGAGACGUUCCCCAUCGAUAUCUUCUAAGCACAGGAAAGGAUCUCCCAGCAGGUCCAACCGUGAGGCCCGUUCUCCCCUGCAGAACAAACGACAUUCACCUUCCCCACCGCCUCCAAGACCUUCCCAUACCUCCGCCAGUCCCCCACUGAUGUGCAGGGGGCUUUCGGCUUCCCCCCAGCGAAGACAGUCUCCAUCUCCCAGCACGAGGCCCAUCAGGAGAGUCUCAAGGACCCCAGAGCCCAAAAAGCCGAAAAAGGCUUCUCCUCCAAGUCCACCUUCUGUGAGAAGGAGAUCUUCCUCCCGAUCAGCUUCAGGGUCACCUGAGCCGCCCCCCAAGAAGCAUGCAGCUCCUCCAUCCCCUGCUCGGUCUGGAUCUCCUGCUCACUGGUCACCACCAGCAGCUGCAAAGAAGGCUAAAAGCCCCACACCGAGCCCAUCCCCAGUAAGGCAGUCUGAUCAGGAAGGAGGGGGCAAGAAGAAGAAGAAGAAGAAGGAUAAGAAGCAUAAAAAGGAUAAAAAGCACAAGAAGCACAAGAAGCAUAAGAAAGAGAAGGCUGCAGGAGCCGCAGCCCCAGCUCCCUUUGCUACAACUGUUGAAGAACAAGAGAAAAAUACAGAGCCGAAAAAGGAGACUGAAAGUGAAGCGGAGGAUAACCUGGAUGAUUUGGAGAAACAUCUGCGUGAGAAGGCUCUGAGGUCGAUGAGGAAGGCUCAAGUGUCUCCACCAUCUUAGGCUGAAGCAGCACUUGAUAUAAUGUACAUUUUAUUUGGUUUAUAUUCAGACUUCAGUUUCAAAUUGCUAAAGUGUGUUUGAGCUUUAGACUUUAACAUUGGUUAUAAUACUUGCUAGGUUGAAGUUCACCAUGUUUAAAGAAGGAUAUAGAUCUUCAUUACUGAAAAAAAAAACAUUCACAGUGUGCUCGUGACCUCCUAUGACAGUACGGGGAAACCACUGGUCAUUUAUGGAAGAAAUUACAUAGGAGUACUUGGAAAUGCUCAAAAUUUUCAGUGUUUAUCUGUAUUAUCUUUUUAAAAAGACCGAGAUCAGCCAUUUUAUGAUGGUGCUUCCAUCAUCAUCUCUCACUUGUCCCAACACAGUGAGUGGAUUCAUAGUAGUGUAAUGGGUCUACUUGGAACACUGGAAUUUUAAUUUUGACUUUAAUUCUCUCCUGCCUCCCUCUUUAUUUUUUCAAAAAGGAUGUUCCCCUGAUCAACAUUCUCGGAAGAAUUUGACCUUUGUUUUUG